GUGAAUACUAGUCGUCUUUAUAAGGCAUCUGUAUCCCGACAACGUGACCGAACUCCGACCUUGGAAGUCGUUGCACAUGAGAAAGUGAAAUAA